AUGGAGCAACCUGGUCAGACUAAAUGGAUGUGCAGUCUUGUGAUUUAUACUGAUGACAAAGCGAUUAAAACCUGUUAUUGCGCAACAUACGACACACCAACCGGUGCAUCACUCAACACACCAACCGAUGUAUCACACGACAUACCAACCGCUACAUCACACAACAAACCAGCUGAUGUAUCACACGACACACCAACCGAUGUAUCACACGACACACCGACCGAUGUAUCACACGACACACCAACCGAUGUAUCACACGACACACCAACCGAUGUAUCACACGACACACCAACCGAUGUAUCACACGACAAACCAACCGAUCCAACCGAUGUAUCACACGACACACCAACCGCUGUAUCACACGACACACCAGCUGAUGUAUCACACGACACACCAACCGAUGUAUCACACGACACACCAACCGAUCCAGCUGAUGUAUCACACGACACACCAACCGAUGUAUCACAUGACACACCAACCGAUGUAUCACACGACACAAACCGCUGUAUCACACAACACACCAACCGAUGUAUCACACGACAAACCAGCUGA